UAAUUCAGUUACAUUAUAAAUUCAGUUGCAUACGAAAGAGCUUGACCAUUAUUGGGUUUAUUUCCAAGCAAGAAUUCUCCAAAACUCAAGCAAGUUUAAUUCAAGCAAAAAUGGGUUUGAGCAUUAUUCUCGUGAAUAUUAUUAUAAUUACUUCCGCCUUAACAUCAGACGGAUAUUGUGUAAGAGAUUGCUGCUGUAUAGAAUGUUGCACAUAUCCAUGGAUUCAUCAUCAUCCGUGCCAUGCAUAUGAGUAUCAAUAUCCAAGAGCUUGCCCACCUCCAUUCUACAAUCCUCCUGUCGGAGAAACAUCGAUCUCUCCCUUCAAUUUACCUCUCGGUUUGGACGAAACAGUGUUAGAAGUCUUGAAAAAUCUUACAAAAACAGUUCCUAAAUCUUUAGCAUCAUUAUCAUUAUCACAAUCAUCAUCAUUUCAAUCAUCAUCAUCAUCAUCAUCAGAAUCAUCAUCAUCAUCAUCACAAUCAGGAUCAGCAUUUGGAUCAGCUUCUGGAUCAGCAUUUGGAUCAGCAAUUGGAUCACCAUAUGGAUCAGCAUCUGGAUCAUUUUCAUAUCAUUAUUAGAUCAGGGGCGAGUUUUCUCGUAUGGAGCCAGGUACGGGAGAAAUAUUGAUAGUUUAUAGUUAACUAACUCCCCUCCCCCCUUAUUUUUUAUCAACGCUCACAUAAUUAUAUUUAAACAAUCUUUAAUACUGUUAAAUUCAUGAUAGAAGAAUGAGAAUGAUUAAGAUAGAAUGAAGCUUCUAUAGAGUGUGUCACAAAAAACUUAUUUUUAAAAGAUCAUGCAAUUGAAAUAUUAGCAAUUGGUUUGGCCAGAGCAUUCGAAUUGUAGCGCCAAAUCCCUGACUACAGUUCUGCCAAUAGCAGGCCUGUUGGCACCAGUGCGUCCAGCUGUUUGGCUUGUCGAGAAAAAAGCCCCAGUCAUCCUAGCUUUCAUUUCUUGUUUCGUCCAUUCGCUUGUUUUUUGUCACCCCGUUGUCUUGUAGCAAGACCGAAUUUGUAUUUUGUAAUGUAAUUUCAAUCGGAAAUUUCUUGUAGAUAAUUGUUCGAGUAUAGUGUGUGUGAAUUGAGUAUAACAGCGUAAAUAGUGUUAAAUUGAAUUAAUUUGAAUCGGAUUUGAAUUUAUAAAGACUCCAGUUUGAGCUUUGUUCAAACCACAGGAUAUGACCUGCAAGUGGAACACAGAAUCAACACAAAAAGGCAGCCCGGAAGCAAACCUUUCUUUUCCCAGAUUUCUUCCCACCCAUGAAUCU